GCGGUUCUGGUUCUGGCUCUGCUGCUCAAGUUAUGGUGUACGAGCAGUUCCCAGCGGGCCUGAGGGUUCUCGUGGUCGACGACGACGUCACUUGCCUGAGGAUUAUCGAGCAGAUGCUCCACCGUUGCCGUUACAAUGGAAAGCUACAUGCAGAAAGUCUCAUGCAGCACUUACAUGUAUUAUGGUGAAGUUAGUAGAAGAAAUCAAGAAUUCUUGUCCUUGAUUAAAGUUUUUUUAUUAGUUGUCUGCUUUUGAUAAAUGGACGGGCUUUGUUUGCAUUUUGCAGGCUACAUGGAGCUGAUUUAAUUACUUCAUUGCAUGGCUGAUUUGACCUUUUCUGCUAUUUGGAAGCUAUUAAUUUGUGAAUUUUGAUUACUUUUCUUAUUAAAUACCUUUUGUGUUUGAUACCAAUCAUUUGGUGCUUUGUUUACCCAUGUUCAGAAUGGUAAGAGACUAUGUGGUUUUUUUGAUAGAACAGAGCUUGUAUGUGACAGUGUUGUCUUGAUGACCAAGCAAGUAUAAGGAUCCAGAUAUCAGAUAAAUCCUUCAGGAUGCAAUGUGUUGUGAUUUUGUUUAGUUUUUCAACUGUUUCUUUUCAUUGCUUGCAGUUACAACUUGUUCUGAGGCUGCUGUUGCUUUGAAUCACCUACGGGAGAGGAAAGGGUGUUUUGAUGUGGUACUGAGUGAUGUACAUAUGCCUGAUAUGGAUGGUUAUAAACUUCUAGAGCACGUUGGACUAGAAAUGGAUCUUCCUGUUAUUAUGAUGUCUGCUGAUGGGAGAACAAGUGCUGUAAUGAAAGGAAUUAGACAUGGGGCUUGUGAUUAUUUGAUUAAGCCUAUACGUGAGGAAGAGCUCAAAAAUAUAUGGCAGCAUGUUGUGCGAAAAAAGUGGAAUGAAAAUAAAGAACUUGAACAUUCCAGCAGCUUAGAAGAGAAUGACCGCCAUAAACGAGGAAAUGAUGAUGCUGAAUAUGCUUCCUCUGCUAAUGAAGGAGCAGAGGGAAUACUGAAAGCUCAGAAAAAAAGGGGCAAUGCUAAAGAUGAAGAUGAUGGGGAGUUGGAAAAUGACGAUCCAUCUACAUCAAAGAAACCACGUGUGGUAUGGUCUGUAGAACUCCAUCAGCAAUUCGUCAGUGCUGUGAACCAACUUGGGCUCGAUAAGGCUGUACCGAAGCGAAUUUUGGAAUUGAUGAAUGUACCUGGUUUAACUAGAGAAAAUGUUGCUAGCCAUUUACAGAAAUUUAGGCUAUACUUGAAGAGAUUAAGUGGAGUAGCUCAACAACAAAGUGGAGUUUCUAAUACCAUCUGUGGGCCUGUGGAGCCAAAUGUGAAAUUGGGUUCACUUGGACGAUUUGACAUCGAAGCUUUGGCUGCUUCUGGCCAAAUUCCCCCACAAACACUUGCAGCCCUGCAUGCUGAGCUUUUAGGUCGACCAACAGGUAACCUAAUUCCAGCAAUGGAUCAGCCUGCUCUUCUACAAGCUUUGUUACAAGGACCCAAGCAUUUACCUAUUGAACACGGUGUGGCAUUUGGUCAGCCUUUAAUAAAAUGCCAAUCUAACAUUUCAAAACACCUCCAGCAAUCGAAACUUUCUUCUGUUGAGGAUGUCUCCUCUGGAUUUGGAGCAUGGACAUCUAAUAAUCUUGGUACAGUGGGACCUAGUAACAAUCUUGUUGGGCUGAGUGCUCAGAAUAGCAACAUGUUGAUGGAUAUAUUGCAGCAGCAGCAACAAGAAUCACAGCAGCAGUCUAUGCUUCCUGAUCCAAGCUGUUUAAUCAACGUGCAGCCGUCUUGCUUAGUGGUCCCCUCUCAGUCAUCUGCCAAUUUGCAGGCAGGAAAUAAUACUGCUUCAGUCAGUCAGAAUUGCUACUUUAACCGGAGUUCUGUUAUUGACUACAGUCUUCUCUCUCCUCAGUCAAAUAAUUCCUCAUUGAAUAUUGGGGAAUUCCCUAAUGGAGGUCUGAACACUACAGGUGUGCUUAGUGGCUACACAGCCCCAGGUUCCAUUUCAUCUUCUGUGUCGUCUAGCUCUGUAAAUGCCGAUAACAGCAUGGGUCGGCAAGGUCAAAGCUCAAGCGUUACAUUCAGUGCUGCCAGACAGUUGCCAGGACUUGUUCCUAAUAUGCAUGAUAUUCAGGGUUCCUAUACCUCAAAAAAUGGUGAAAUGCUUGAUCAAGGACCUCUUAGGAAUCUUGGAUUUGCUGGUAAAGGGACUUGCAUUCCAAGUCGAUUUGCAGUAGAUGAAUUUGAAUCACCAAUGAACAACUUGGGCCAUGGAAAAUUAUAUGUAGAGAACAGCAGAGUGAAGCAGGAGCCAAAUGUCGAUUUUAUGGAUAACACAAAAGUGGGCAUCCCUAUAUUACACCAAUUUUCGUUCAAUGAUGUCGCGAGUGUUUUUACAGAAUAGGAUUGCAAUGCGUGGUGAGCUUGAGUCAACUCCCCCCCGGAAGUUCAUUUACGUCGUAUUGUCAGAUGAUCUAAAGCGAUUUCUGUUUUAGUCUGUAAUAUGUUUAGUAUAGAUCGGGUUGCUAGUGCCUGAACUAAACUAUGCACUGUGGAGCUUCAUAGAACGGAUUCUUUGUUGUGAACGAUUCUCUGAUGUGCUGGGGACAGGAGACAGGUUCGCAUGCCUUUAGGAAAGUAGGAUUACCUUUUUAGUUAGUCUCCUAGGAAUAAGUUGUGUCAUUGGUGUCCAACGUGGUGGCAAUCUUGCCAACAUAAUUGUGUAGUUGUUUGGGUUUAACGGUAAUGAAAUGCUCAUUUAUUUAUUA